CCGGCAUGCCCAGCGUAUGUGAAAGGGGUGUGUAUGAAAGCACCCGCGGGCAAGCCCGAGCCGACUUCCGGUCUGGGCCGGAAGUGGCGCCAUGGAGGCCUUGAGGGGCGCGAGGGAGCCAGAGAGGGAGGAAAAUCAAGGCCGCUGAAGCGCUGCCGUCCCUCUCUCUCUUCCUCGUCGCCCUCCUUUGUUUCCCCAACGAAUUAGUCUUCCCCGCCGGAAAUGGGGCCUCCGGUAGCGGAGCAGCAACCGGGCCCUCCGCCGCGGCCUCCUCCUCGUGAAGGCGCCCGGGCGAAGCAGCAGCAGCAGCAGAAGGGGGGAGAAUUCUGGCUUGAUCUGUUCUAGGACCCAUUUGUUUGUCCCUUUGAGUGUUCAUGGGAUCCUCAGCACUCUUCUUCAGCAGCACAUCUCAGAUGAUUGGAUUUUUCUCCUGUCUUCUUUCUUAACUGUCCAACUCUCACAUCCACACAUGGUGGAGACCUCUACCUAUUGAAACUUUGAAAAGUGUUGGUGGAUGUGACUGUACCAGUGUGAUGCCUAUGGGUUCUACUUCAUAUGGCCCUCCUCCAGUAGGCCUGCCAUGACAGCAUUCUUCACCAGCGUCCCCAACUGGAUUCAAGAUGCAAAGCAGGAGGAGGAGGAGGCAGGCUGGAAAUUAGUGCCCAGAGCCAAGGUCCGAGAGAGUGAGAGUCAAGGAAGAUGCCAGUAUGAGCUGUCGGGAGCCUCUUUCCCCAGUGUGGAUAAGCUGAGAGCAAACCCAGAGCAGAGGCCUUACUGCUGUCCACAGCUGCAUUGCGGCAAGGCCUUUGCCUCCAAAUACAAACUCUACAGGCACCUGGCCACCCACUCUGCCCAGAAGCCUCACCAAUGCAUGUACUGUGAGAAGAUGUUUCACCGCAAGGACCACCUCCGCAACCACCUUCAGACACACGACCCCAACAAGGAAGCUCUUCACUGCCCAGAGUGUGGGAAGAACUACAACACCAAGCUUGGCUACCGGCGUCACCUGGCCAUGCACGCUGCUGCCAGCGGUGACCUUAGCUGCAAGGUGUGCCUUCAGAUGUUUGAAAGCACCCAGGUUCUGCUGGAGCACUUGAAGGCCCACUCCCGGAGGCCAUCGGGAAGUGUGAAAGAAAAGAAACACCCGUGUGACCACUGCGACCGGCGCUUCUACACCCGCAAAGAUGUGCGGAGGCACCUGGUCGUUCACACAGGCCGGAAGGACUUCUUGUGCCAGUACUGUGCCCAGCGAUUUGGCCGUAAAGACCACCUGACCAGACACAUGAAGAAGAGCCAUUCUCAAGAACUGAUGAAGAUCAAGACAGAGCCAGUGGACAUGCUGAGCCUUCUGAGCUGCAAUUCAAAUGUAGCUGUGAAGGAAGAGCUGAGCCCUGUCUUGUGCAUGGCCUCCCGGGAUGUGAUGAACAGCAAGAGCUUCCCUGGGAUGCUACCCAUGGGCAUGUAUGGUGCGCACGUCCCUGCCAUGCCCAGCUCAGGGAUGCCCCAUUCUUUAGUCCCCAACCCUCUGCCCAUGGGGAUGAGCUAUCCUCUAGAUUCGCCCUCCCCGCCACAGCCUCCCCCAAAGUACCAGCUCGGAUCUACCUCAUACUUGCCUGACAAAAUCCCUAAAACAGAGGUGGACAGCUGUUUGGCAGAGCUCCCUGGAGGCCUGUCUCUGGUGCCAGGGGAUCCCUCCUCAUCCUCUCCUCAGCCAGUCACACUGGAGGAGACGCUACUCUCCAAGAGUCCUGCUUUGCUUUCUGAGGCUCUCUGUGCUGCUAACAUGGACUUCUCCCAUCUUCUAGGCUUCCUCCCCUUGAACCUUCCUUCAUGUAACCCACCCGUCUCUUCAGGGGGGCUGGUCAUGGGCUAUUCACAGGGGGAGACCCAAUCCCUCCUCACCACUUUGCCACCUCAAGAGCCCUCGGGAGGUGCUGCUGCCUCCCUCGGCUUUGGACCCCUUCAUUCGUUGCCUUCCAUGUUCUCUCCUGGCUUGGGCGCCACCACCUUGCCCCGUUUCCACCAAGCAUUCCAGUGAGAGCCAGAGAAAGUGGAGCUUCCCUGAGUAUGUGCAGACAGAGCACAGCAGAGGUGCCCAUGUUUUUCCCCCUACCUAUCCAAAGCCUGGGAAGGCGUCAAAGGGGUGCCUGUGGACUGGAACUGCCACAUAACACUUGGAUGUAUGCCCCAGUCCUGGACAGUGAGUAGGUUGCAGUAAAUAGAAUUUCAGGUAUUUUUUUUCCUCCCAACUUCUUUGGUAAAUCAGGAAGCACCCGUCUCAGUGACCUUCCCUGGAGCUUCCAGCCUCCUCCUGCUUUAGAAAGGAAGUUGGCUUGGCGUUUCCCCCUCAAGUUAAGGUUCUGCAUUUCAUUGUCUCAGUCCACAGGGCAGGCUGAAAUCAUUGAUCUUGGCCCUGCCAUCCCUCUUCCAUCAUCUCUGCUGAUUAUUCUUGCAGUGUUAAAUCUGGGGUUUGUACAGACCUAAUACUGCUUUCUUCAAAGCCGCUUUACAGAGACUAAUUUCAGCAGAAUUGUGUUUACACAACCACGGAUCCUUUCCCCACCAUUACCAGUCAGGAAGUGCCAAGAACACAGUCUCUGUUUCUGGCCUAGCUCUCACACUGUUUACACAGUGCAAUCAGUCCACACUGAUUUCACUUCACUACUACUUCCAUUUCUUCCCCUGUGGGGAAAAUAGAACUGACUUUGGACUGUUUCACCUUUUGCCAGUUUAGCAGUCUGCUCUGUGGAUAGUUUCCCUAAAAUGUCAGUACAGGCCAGAAGUCUCCUGCAUCACAGUUGAUCCAGCUUGCUUCUGUUUGUUUGAGAGCAGUGUUCCCCAAAGUGCAUAUAGGGACAGAGAUGGGGUAGGCAGUAACUUAGUCUAUUUUAAUGGAAACUCAUUGCCUGGGUAAUCAUUCCUUUAUCAUCUAGCACUGUUGUCUAUGGAGAUGGCUCUUGAUCCUUGAAUAUUCAAGCACAAACAAGCAAACCUUAGGCAACUUAAAUUAAAAUGGCCUUGCUGGUGGGGUUGGGGCGGAGAUGGAGCCUGUUUUCUAAGCUAUGAAAGUAAGCUGGUUAAGGGGUAGUGGUAGUACAGGCCAGUGCCUACGGGUCGUGGAAAGAAGCUGGCUGCAAAGGCCAUGCCCAUGUUUGUCAAGUACUGCCUGCAGUGCAUAAUAUGCUCACCACAUAGACAGAGGCUGGAUAGACAGGACUGGGGUUACAGUCAAUGUCAAGCAGCCUUAUUUCCCCCCACUGGCUCUGCAAGACUGAUGCUAUAUUUCUCUUAAGGGAAGGUUGAUAAUAUUUGUGGGUGGGCAAAUUUAACUUAUCAGGUGUAUUGUCUACACCCCUCCCACCUAUCCCUACACUGUUUACCAGCCUUGCGCAACCUCGAAAGCUCUUCUACUCCCUUGUGCCACUGUCAGUCAUCACAGACCCUUAGAAUCAUAGAAUCAUAGAGUUGGUCAUCCUCAAGGGCUUCUGCCCUUCUCUAACACAGCCUGUUCUAGUGGCCCCCCCCCCCCCCCUGUAUUUGAGAGAAUACAGCUGUAACUGGUCUGGUGGUGUGGAGAUGCUGCUCUUGGAUGUUUUGCUGGGAAGAGCUACAUCUUCCAACCUUACUAUGACUGGUGGCGACUCCUGCUGAAUGCUUACCUGUACGAAGAGCCCCCCUGCUCCUGUUUCCCCCAUUGAGCUGAUGUUAGGAGGCUAUAGAGGUGGCUGCUACUGCAUGAGAACUCCCACGCCUCUGCUUCUCCUCUGCACAUUUGCAGCCUUUCCUCUCUCCCUCUUGCUUUAAGGUCUGCCUCAUUUACCUGCGGUUUCUAGCCUUACCUCAGUUGCCUGUAUAGACUAUUCUAUAUCACAGUGAAUACCUCAUGGUGUAGAUUCCCUCCUUCCCUGUCCACAGACUCACACCUGGUCACUUGGUGGCACCCUUUGGGAUCAGCCCACCAGUCUUGCAUGUUGGGGCAUCUGCAUAAGCUCCAGAUAUGCACUUCUGUAUACCUCAUAUUCGGUAGGGGACACAGAGUCCCCUUUUGCCUGCCCCGGUAUUUUAAGCCUACCUCUGUAUUGGUUCCUCCAAUGGUCCUGCUGGAUCCCUGCCUUCAGCAGAUGAAUGGAAAAUUUGUCUACUAAUUUGGAUUAAGUCCAUCUUGCUUUAAAGUCUAGCCUCCCUUGUCCCAUUGAUUUCUAAAGUUUUGUUAUUUUGUGUGCAGGAUUCCCCUCUUCUUUGCCCAACAGACAUGCCUUGUAGGCUUAGCUGGCCUUACUUCAGUUGUAAUUGUUUUCAUAUCAGUUUAAUGUUCAGUAUAAUUCUUACCUCAUCAGUUGCAUAUGGUGGUGAGCUUCACAGACUGUGCUUCCUGGCCUGUUUUAAGACGUUGCCUUUCUGAUUUCAAUGUGUGCCUUGUGCUGAUUAAAAAGGGGACUGCCUGGUCUUCUCCUUCAGUAUUUUUAAAUACCUCACUUGCAUCACCUGUUACUCACUUUUUCCAGAAAUGGUUGCACAGUCUCCCCUUAUGCAGUUCUCUCAUCAUAUCCCUACCUCAAUACCGCGAUGCUACAUUUUCACACUUUUAUUUUUCAGCAGUGGUACAGCUGACUUUGGAACAUAGCUGAUCCAAGAGAUUGCCUGAGCUGAGUUGCAUGAUUUUUCCAGCGUUUGGCACCUGCUGCCUCUUCUGUUGCUGAUUUUACUAUUUGCAGCUUUAUGUUUUGGCAAGAUGUUUUCCUGGGAGACAGUACAACCUUCUGGCACCCAUGAUUCUGAAUGUUUCGGACAUCAUUAAUGAUCUCUCUUUCUUUACCUAAGAUAUACAUUAAGUUUGGGUUUAUUUUUUAAGAUCCAGAAAAAUCUUGAGCCUCCAAAUAUUACUUUGCUAGAAACUGGAAAUACAGUAGAUAUUCUUUUGUUAGCCUUAGAUGCAGAAUGGGCCCCAAAGCAGCUUUAAUGUGUUAAUCUCUUUGUCUGACUUGUUUGAUCUUAAGUUUCUGACAGAUCAGCCAUAUGUUACUGGAUAUUUAUAGGAGUAGAGCAACAUUAUUCACUAAAAAUGUCAGCGAUAUACUGUCCUAUACUGCCUCCCCCUGUUCUAAUGUAGAAAGCAAAGUACAGCAGGGAUGCAAAAGUCUUUCAGUCUCAUUCUCAUGGCAUUUCUCACCAUCCCACUGGCUUUGUCAUUGCACCUCUAGUUUCAUAGCAUUUUGAGCUUUUUUCCCACUGCACAGAAAUCCAUGUGUGUUUUUGUUCAGUUCUUGCAGAAUACAGGGCAGGAGAGUUGUUUGCAUUUUCAUGUUGAUCCCCAAAUGUGUGGAUUUCCAAAAUGAAUGUAUCUUUUAAUGUACAUUUUUCUGAGAAACACCUCAGGUCUCAGAAGUGUACAAACCUCUGAGGCAAGAUAUAGUCUCUUCUGUUUUCAUUUGGAAAUAUGAAGUCAAGGAACGUCUAUCCCUAUAUCUUAUUAACUUUAAAAACUACUUGGAGGUGGGAUGUUGUUGAGCAAUAUGAACAGGGGGGAAUUGUGGGGAGUGGGUGUGAAGAGAGGGGCUCUAAAGGCCUCAUCCACUAUUUUCAGGAAAAAGCAAAUAAUGUGCCGAUCAUGGUGCCCUCUCUCAAACACCAGCAUUUUAAGACUGUUCAUAGGAAACAUCUUUGGUGGGGUGGUUUUGUACAGCUAUGCCAGUCAGCCUUUUGCCCUGUUAAAUGAUCUUCAGAGGGAAGGUAGUUGAACUGUUGCCCACACUGCUAGACAAUAGCUUUUUAAAGGAAAGGGCAAACAAAGCUGUAAAUGCUACUACCUCUCUCAAAGCCAAGAAUCUAUAGUUGCUUGUGCUUUGCUUACAGGAAUCAUUUGUGGAAUAGGAACUUUAGUUCACAGACCAGCAUUUAUCCAAAGAAAACAACUACAUUCUGGCUGGGAUCCUACAUGCGUGUGUAGUUCCACCCCUGGAGUUGCACAUCCUCCCAUUGCCUGCUGUUGCUUGCAGAAGGGAAGGGAAAAGGUGACUGAGACCAUAGAGAAGCAGCUGGUCUCAGCUCUUUUUUUGGGGGGGGAAAUGAGACUGUACUUUCAGAUGAAAUACAUUCACUGUUUCCUUCCCCCAGGAGCCCAGAGCACCUGAAUUUUCAUGGCCUUUUUUUGAAUGGGCAAGCUGAUAGCCCCCACCCUACUCAAAAAGGGACUUAUUGUGCAUAUAAGCUGCACUUAUCUGCGCAUAAGCCACUAACAGAAUGCUGGCCUUUGACAGGUAUAAAGUUUGCCAUGUUGUUUUCUUUUGGUCAGGGUGACUCUUGGAGGAGGAAUGAGCAGACCUUAGACUAAGCAGUGAAGGAGAUAUUUUCACCAGAUCUUGGGAGUCUGGACUAGUAGUUUCUUAAAUGUGGGAUAGAAGGAGGUUGAUGCUCUCAAUUAAGAUCUCAUUAAGACUGGGGAUGGAAGGAAAGCAGGAAAUUGACUGACUCUGAAGCUGGUUACCAAGCAGCUUCAUUGGUUUCACCAGUAGGAUCUAGGGCAGAGACUACUAGAGUAGAUCAUCAAAUCUAGUAGGGUCCGCUCUAGUCGCCUCUGCCCUAGAUCCUACUAAGAGCAAGAAAAGGAGUAAAUGGGCCAGCAGGUGUAGUAUAUAGAAGAAUAUAGUGUACAUUAAAGUCCGGCAUGAACAUGCCUACUUGAAGCUCAUGCCCUCUAGUGUAGUUUCAAAAAAUUAGGGAUGCAAGAAAAGUUAAUUUUGCAAUUAGAGGUGGUUUAGGGGCACAGGACCCCCACACAUUUAAAAAAAAAGCCUUUUUUUUAACCCAAGAGGAUACCUCUCUAGGAAUCUCUAGGUCCUCCAGCAUGACUUUUGGUAGAAGUUGACAAUAGAGUCAC